AGAUAUGUCUUGUCGGUGGAGGUCACAAUUUCAACAUUGGAGAAACAACCUAGAAACUAGGAGUUGCAGAUUUCCUCAAAAGUCAAAUUACUUUUUGGUGUUUUUAUAAAUUUAUUUUAAAAAAUAACAAUUGCAAUGACAUCAAUGAUCGAUCACCUGUACCCCCCAUACCACUAGGGGAAAAACCUUCGAUAUAGCUGAGUCCCAAAGAAAAAUCAAGACAUUAUUAUCAGGCACCCUAUAGCCACAAAAUGCUCUGUUGGUCCAGUGGUAUAGACACUGACAUGUUCAAUGUACCAGUGCAGUUAAAAUAUAUACACUUAAAAUUAUCCUGCAUUAAAAGAAAAAGCACUCAAGUGGCAUAACUAGGCAUUAAACCAAUUAUUCAUUUAUCCAUUCACUCUGCAUCUGUGAAGUCAUCACUAGAGUCACAAAUAAAAAUGAACAAAAGAACUAGUAACAAGAAAAAAUAUGAAUGUCAAUACCCUGCCCCCACUUUGUGGGCUACUAUGGUGUGCUAAAGUGACCACAAGAAAAGGGUCAUGAGCUAUUUGAAAUGCAAUGACAAAAUGACAACUGAAGCAUUUCAAACAAAACAAAAUUCAAACUCAUCCCCCCACCCCCAAAUAAAAAAUUCAGCAACAAGGCUGGCAUUACUAUGUACAAACUUACAGACACAAAUAAAUAGCAUAACUAUUGGCAGCUUAAGCACUCAGUUAGAUCUGAGUAACUUCUGAACUCUGCAUCUUGGACUCCUAAAUUAACCAAGGAAUAUUCCUCAUUGUUAAUAAUCUAUCCUCUGAAAAACUUGGGACUUACUGAAUAACAUUAAUGUCUAAAACUCUUAUAGAGAGCCGGAAGUUUCUAGUGAGCUUACCAAAGGAUCAGCACUUUGACAUCUGGAAGCCUGGAUAGAUUACCAGAUUCCCUGGGACUGGGAAGAUUUCACUUCCUGUUUCCUUUGCAUAGCUCUGUACCUCUAUUUCUAUCAUUACAAUGAUCUCUUCUUGUGGUGUUUUUCCAGGGCUUAAUUUAUUUUCUGUCUUAAUACAGUUAAGCUGAAGUCAAAGAAGAAAGACCUAAUCUUUAUUCUUGGUAUUUAACCCCAAAUGUUCCUCAGAAUUAUUGGGUUUUCCUUGUUUCCACAGAAGACAGCCAGCUCUUCUGAAAUUAUCUUAGUUCUCUCAGGGCUCACCAUCUAGAAAAGAAAUAGAUUUGAGGCACAACCCAUUCUGGUAACAAUGGCCUAGUUCCUGACCCUGCAGGCAUGUCUAUUUCUAGUCUGCAAUUUAUUCUCACAGUUAUGGAUGCAAUGAGAAAACUUUUCUGCAAAAGGCCUAUGGAGAAAACAUGAAAACUGGCACCAAAGCAUCAGCUGCCAUGGGAAGAAUGAGAAUGCUUGCUUUCUAGGGCCAGCAUUGUGCUGCAGGAGUGAAGCCAACAUCCACUUCAGGAUCUAGUGGGUAACCUAGACUCUGUCCGGGACAGCGUGACUGAUCAGUGCUUUCCAGAAAUUGUCAAGGACCGAAUCUCAGAUUUCUUCCUUUCAGUGCUUGUUAAAGGUUCUACAGUAAAUGUGAAUUACUCUCUUCAUCAUAAUGAUCCAUUCCAGGUAUCCAUCUACUGGAGAAUUGCGCUCUAUAACGUAUGGCUGUACAUGCUACUCUCUCUCUUCGUCUCCCCCUCUCCUCCUAGGCUGAAACACAUGAACCUUUCAGUUCCCCAAUGCUGUCACAAAGUCUAUGAUUGAAAAUCUCUAGUUUGGCUCUCCCUUUAGGAGUUACUACAAAUGUCCUCAGUGCUUCAGUAAAGAAGUUGUUGAAUAGUCUUGUUCUCUACUUAGGAAAGGCAGUUUCAAGGUCCAGUACCCUCUACGUUGUCUUAGAAGUAGUCACAGCAAGUACUAUGGUCCAGAUGACCAGUCAACAGAGGGACAAGCAGACCACAACUUUUCAAAGCUAGAAAAAGAGAUUCAGCAAUGUAUAUUUUUAGUGCUUCAGUCUUUUAUCAUUCUAUCCCAGAGUUAGCUUUUUCUUGGCUUGAGUUCAGAAAUAUCAACCUACCAUCUGGGCAGACAGAAAUUCUUAUUAUUACCACAGAUUAGAAGAAUGUACCUCAGGAAUUUAUUGUUUCCAUAUCACAAGAUAGAACUUCCUUGCGUGGAAGCCAUCUCUGAAUACAAAGCGUCCAUUCAGUUACUCAGUGUGAGAUCCCCUACCAGAGAGAUAAAUGCUGUCUAAAUUCCAUGGGAAGGAGUGGGCUGCCACUUUCCUGACUGCAGUUUUGGUUGAGAAGGUUGUUCUUCCCUGCUGAGAUGGCUGACUUCACCAGUCAACCUGAAGAAAUUCUGGAAAUAGCGACUCAGUAUCAUGGCCAGCAGUGUUAAUGAAGAUCCAGAAGGAAGCAGAAUCACUUAUGUGAAAGGAGACCUUUUUGCAUGCCCCAAAACAGACUCUUUAGCCCACUGUAUCAGUGAGGAUUGUCGCAUGGACGCUGGGAUAGCUGUCCUCUUCAAGAAGAAAUUUGGAGGGGUGGAAGAACUUUUAAAUCAACAAAAGGAAUCUGGAGAAGUGGCUGUUCUGAAGAGAGAUGGGCGAUAUAUAUAUUACUUGGAUUGGAUGUGGUCUUGAUCGUCUGCAAUGGGAAAAUGUAUCUGCGAUGAUCGAGGAGGUAUUUGAGGCAACAGACAUCAAAAUUACUGUGUACACACUUUGAAUCAAUCAACAUUUUGGAUGUUUCCAGGUUCUCCUCUGUCAUCUCUACUGGGCCAUAGGACUGGGCAAAUUUACGUUAAAAUCGGCAGAGGAAAGUUUCAUGGGAAGUAGUCUGUUUCACAAGACAGACUUUGGUAGCUGUAUUCAAGUAUUUGGACUAGGACUGUGGAGGAGGGGUUGCUUAUGAUAUAUUGCUGUGGGGUUUUUUUUGCAGGAAAGUAAGGAGUGUGUGGCCUGAUAUUAGGCCUGGAAACCAGAUUGUUGGGACUGUGACCUUUGUUUUGCUCCAGUAUGCUAUGAUUUGUUUGGCUGGCCGCUAGGUGGCAGCAUUGAUUCUACGUCUCUGCUUUUUAAGAGAAAUUUCAGGAAAGAUGAUCAUUCCAGUUUGGCAUUUUUUUAUCGUUUGCGCACAUAACUUGGUGUUAUCCUUAUGUCAUCAGAAUCCUCUGAGGGGAGAGUUUUCAUUUUAAUUGCACAAUUCUACAUUGUUAACAAAAAAUUUGUGGUGAUAAAAAAAUGGAAAAAUAAAUCUUUGAGGGAUUUAA